GUCGCUAAAACUUUUUUUCGCCAGGAAGCUCAUGCAUUGGAGGUAGUACAUCUUUUGUUCAAGCCAUCAGCACACCUCCUUAGUUCACCAUCCAUCCACUUCAUACAUCACAACCCAUCUCUCCACAAUGCUCUCUAUUAGAUCCUUCGCCCGAGCGGUACCUCGCACGGCUUCCCGAUUGACUGCUUCAGCGUUCAGAACACCUUCAGCCCGCCCUGCCUCCUUAUUACAAUCAGCAUGGAUACCAGCGAGAACACAAUACGCCGCAGCUUUCUCGACAACAACGAUUAGGCCAUCGAAAUCAGGUGAGGGUGACGAUGAAUUGGUUGCGAAACUCGAGUCUGAGAUCCAGAUGGAGAAUGAGAUGUCCGACGAAGGAGGUAUCCCAACGAGCGUGAAGGAUUAUCUCGAGAACGGGCCCUUUGAGAUUCUUGAUACGCCAGGCCAAGAGGAAGUCGUUCUGACAAGACAAUUCGGCGACGAGACUAUCAAGGUGACUUUCUCCAUCGCCGACCUGAACCAACUCGACCCCGAAGCCGACUUCCAGGAUCCCGCUAUGGGCGAUGAGGAGGACAACAUCAACCAAGGGGACGAGAAGAACUUCAAGGUGGCACCAGAAGACCAAAUUGAGGAGCAAGACGGCGAGGGUGAAGAGGAGCAAGAACAAUCCUUCCCAGCAAGACUAAACAUCGUUGUUGAGAAGGCAGGGAAGGGCGCACUUGCAGUUGAGGCUGUCGUCCAGGAAGGAAUGGUGGUCAUCGACAAUGUUUUCUACUAUACCGAUGCAUCGCAUGCAUACGGUAAGACGGCGGAUAAGGUGCACGAGAGACAAGACUUGUAUGUGGGACCACCAUUCAGCAAUCUUGAUGAAGACCUUCAAGUGCUUUUGGAGAGAUAUCUGGAUGAGAGAGGUAUCAACGCUGCACUGGCUUUGUUCGUACCGGACUACAUCGACAUGAAGGAGCAAAAGGAGUACUUGAGGUGGUUGGAGAAUGUCAAGGGCUUUGUUGAGGCGUAAAUGACUUGAGCGGGUUUACUUUGUCUUCAACUGUUGUCUUCAUACCAUUUCCACUCCCCGCCCUUACCUUGCUGUACAAUAUUGGGACUGUACAAGUGCUAGCAAAGCUUAUGCUAAAUAAUGACAAAGAAUUUCUCCUGAG